CCCUGGAGAGUUCCCCCAAUUAACCCGCCGACUCUCCAUACUCGAUCAUCAUGCGUUUCGCAGCUCUGGUCAUCGGCAUUCUGGCCGCGCUGGUGUCGUCCGUGACUGCCACCGCGCUCACCUACCGUCUCGAGGCAAAUGAGAAGGCCUGUUUCUACAACUACGUCGACGAGAGGAACACCAAGGUCGCUUUCUACUUUGCCGUCCAAUCUGGCGGUUCUUUUGAUGUCGAUUACUCCGUUGUCGGUCCCGGUGAUAAGGUGGUCUUGGAUGGGACGAAGGAACGACAAGGCGACUUCGUUUUCACGGCUCAGAGCGUGGGAGAAUACCGGUUCUGUUUCAACAAUGAGAUGUCGACGUUUGCGGAGAAGUUGGUAGACUUUGAGAUCGCGAUCGAGAACGAAGAACGCGCGCAGCUCCCUUCCCGACAGGGUGCUACCCCCGAACAGGCAUCUGCUCUUGAGGAGUCCAUCUUCAAGCUGUCCGCCCAGCUGUCGACUAUUUCCCGCAACCAAAAAUACUUCCGCACCCGUGAAAACCGCAACUUCAGCACCGUUCGUAGCACCGAACGCCGGAUCUUCAACUUCAGCGUAAUUGAGGGCUUGAUGAUGGUGUCGAUGGCGGGCUUGCAAGUCUUCGUUGUGCGCUUCUUCUUCCAGGGCGCAAGGAAAGGUUACGUGUGAUGAGUGAGCAUGAAUUUUGAUCUAUGUAUCUUCCCCCUUUGAAUUGUGGCGUCUAUUGUAUCUACAUCCCAUUAUAAGCCUUAGAAUGUUUCAUCUUAUUGAAGCAGGUGAAUUGAGACGACUUGGACUGUGUCCUGGAAUGCAUCACCCAGUCCGUUUUAUUUCCUGAAUGGCUUUGAU